CCUGGACCAUCACUCAACGUCAACGUCCUAGCUGUACUCAUGUCCGACGACCCUACUUUGUUCUCUCUCGAGGACUUCCUGCUCGCAGGGCCCUUGGCUAAUGACGAGGAAGUACGACAGCGCCUGCUACAAGUAGCCAAUGCGAUGCGCUCAGCGUCGAACGAACUGUCCCCUCAAGAUGUAGAUACCUUGCUAGAGGGUCUCCCCCGCCUCACCGAGCAAGAGGUCGAGCGGCUUGGCCAUAAAGAAUCCGUCUGCCCUAUUUGCUACAAUACCCUGCUAGCUAUUAUAUCGGAAGAAGAGACGGCCAUUGCUAUGGACUCGCCUGCGCACCCUAUCGAGGAGCUCGGCGUGACGCGUCUGGCUGCCGAAUGGCAGUGCGGACACAUAUUCUGUCGUCGAGACAUCUCGAAGUGGAUCAGGGAUGGCCACGAUUCCUGCCCCGCUUGUCGGGCCAAGCUAGUCCAGCGGCCCUCGCCCUCGCCGGAUGCCCAAUCAACAGGCGUGCCGUCGCCACAGGGCGAAGCGGGUCAGGCGCCGCCUUUUGGACAAGGCCCCGGGUCGCCCAUCCAAAUUACGCCACUGGGCUUCCUCGGUUCAGAGGACACAGGUUUCCUCUUCGGCAUACCAGGCACAGGCCUCGGUGCCAAUUUCGGGGUCUUGCCACGCCCAACGUCUCGAGACGCGCACGACGACGACAGGCAUGAGUUCUCCGGCAUGUACUCGUAGCAAUUGUCUCGCCGGCGCAUACUGUACUUGUACUCCUCAUUUCAUGUAUCUCACUCGUAUCAUGAACACGUCUUGCACUUGUCCACCACUGCACCCCAGACACCUUCCCCUCCCUCAAGCAUCGGAAUACAAAGCGAGGGUUACGAUCCUUAUUGAAUUCCGCCUUUAGUCCAAUUGCUCCAG